ACCGGGUAAACCCAUCCACAUCGUCCCAACCCAAGUCGACAAAAGCAAGUUUAUUAACCCUUACUAUAUUUGAUCCUCUUCAACUCAUUGAGGUUCUUGUUUGGUAGCUAGCUAUAUUCCUUCCUCUCCAUCGAUACCAAUUUGAUACUGGUUCAGAUUAAGAUAAACUCGAAGAGGGGACUCUUCUUUGUUGAGAGUCAAGAUCAUGGCAUCCUCUAAGAAUGAAGAAAGUGGUGCUCAGGAUGCAGCAGAACGGAUCAAGGCUGCAGCCAUGUCAGCUGCAAAAGGUUUGAGUCGUGCUCAGGCUGAGCGUGCUGCUGCUGCUGCUGCUAGAAAUGUCAAUGCUUAUGGCCAGAAGGAAGAAGGACCCAGUCGAUGGCAGGAAAGAAAAGAAGCAAAGAGGCAGAUGUAUUUGAUGAGUACUGAGAAACAGGUGAGACUGGGUGAAAGGAAAGACAAGUCUUCAGGUUCCACGCUUGGUGCAGCUUCACAAUGUCAGAAAUGUUUCCAGGCAGGGCACUGGACUUAUGAGUGCAAGAAUGAGAGGGUGUACAUAUCACGACCUUCUCGUACACAACAACUGAAAAAUCCAAAGUUGAGGAUGAAAGUAUCAAUAUCUUAUGAUCUAGAUAACCCAGACAUUGAGAAGGAGGUGAAGAAUGAAAAAUCUGUGAAGAAGAGUAAGAGGAAGCAUAAGUCUGAUACGGAGUCAGGGACUGGUAGUGAGGCUUCAGUGUUCGAAUCUGACAGUGAGGCAUCAUCAGUUACAGGGUCAGAUUAUUCUUCUGACUCAAGCGAUAGUUCUUCAACUGAUUCAGAGGAAGAGAGGAGGAGGAAAAGGAAGAAUAAGAAGAAGAAGCAGCAGAAGAAGAGAAGACACCGGAAAUACAGUUCAACAUCUGAGUCUUCUGAUUCAUACUCAGAUUCUGGGUCUGAUUCUGAAGAGAGAACUAGCCGUAAGAAGAGCAGCAGGAAGCAUAACAGAAAGCGGUGAAGCAUCAAACAAGAUAUAUGUGGUAUCUGGUCCUCGAAACUUGAAAAUAUUCGUAUUUCUGUUCUAAUGUGAUAAAAGAUCUUUUGAGCAAUGCACCUAAGAUAACUCUAGGAUUUUCCUGUCUCGAAUGAAUAUGGUUUUGUAGAUUUCUGCAUAAGCUUAUGUUGUGGCUGCAGAAUUCAGCGUGGCAAGAGUUGUCUCUUGUAUUUAAUUUUUGCCAUAUGCUUGCUUUCUCAUUUCCCAGCUCUUAUGUGACUGUAUUUCCCUUGCUUGCUUGAAAUUGUCUUACUCAUUUCACUUU